AUGGAGAAAGACAACAGGCCUCAAUGGGACAACAAAGUCCAGUACAUGCUCACCUGCGUGGGCUUCUGUGUCGGGCUUGGCAACGUCUGGAGGUUCCCUUACCUGUGUCAGAGCCAUGGGGGAGGUGCAUUUAUGAUCCCGUUCUUGAUUCUAUUGGUUCUGGAGGGCAUCCCUCUGCUUCAUCUGGAGUUUGCCAUUGGUCAGAGACUUCGGAGGGGCAGUGUGGGAGUGUGGACUGCAAUUAGUCCCUACUUAGGUGGAGUCGGUAUUGCUUCCAUGCUGGUCUCCUUUAUGGUGGGAACGUAUUACAAUACCAUUAUUGCCUGGGUAAUGUGGUACUUUUUCAACUCGUUUCAAGAACCCCUGCCUUGGAGCCAGUGUCCUAUCAACAGCAACAAAACAGGACCAGUGUCAGAGUGUGCUCGUAGUUCUCCAGUAGAUUAUUUCUGGUACAGAGAGACACUAAACACUUCAGCAGACAUCGAGGAAUCUGGUGGCCUCCAGUGGUGGAUUGUUCUGUGUCUGGUCUGUGCCUGGUUGCUGCUGUAUGUCUGCUGUCUUCGAGGCAUUGAGACAACAGGCAAAGCAGUAUAUGUUACAUCCACUCUGCCGUACUUGGUUCUCACCAUCUUCCUGAUCAGAGGUUUGACCCUUAAAGGAUCUGUGAAUGGAAUCAAAUUCCUUUUCACUCCAGAUCUAAAUGAAUUGCUGAAUCCUUCCACUUGGCUGGAUGCUGGUGCGCAAGUGUUCUACUCUUUCUCUCUGGCCUUUGGCGGGCUCAUCUCCUUCUCCAGCUACAACUCUGUUCACAACAACUGUGAACAGGAUGCUGUGAUAAUCUCGGUGAUCAAUGGCUUCACCUCUGUUUAUUCAGCAAUUGUCAUAUACUCCAUUAUUGGCUUCAGGGCAACAGAGAGAUUUGACGACUGUCUGAGUGGGAACAUCUUGGCUCUCCUGAAUGCUUUUGAUCUUCCUGAGGGAAACAUCACAGAGAGUAAUUAUGAUGAGAGCCUCAAAAGUCUGAACAGCACAUCUCCAGACAUCAUUCAGGGAUUAAACCUGAAGACCUGUGACAUGCAAUCAUUCCUCAGUCAGGGUGUUGAAGGUACUGGUCUGGCCUUCAUUGUGUUCACUGAGGCGAUAACCAAGAUGCCAAUAUCCCCGCUUUGGUCGGUGCUCUUCUUCAUCAUGCUCUUCUGUCUGGGAUUGUCCACCAUGUUUGGUUCCAUAGAGGGGGUGGUGGUGCCCUUGCAAGAUUUGAAAAUCUUCCCAAAAAGAUGGCCCAAAGAAGUGAUCACAGGACUGGUUUGUCUCGUCUCCUGUGGCAUCGCUCUCAUCUUUUCUCUGCGAUCUGGAGACUACUGGCUGGCCUUGUUUAACAAUUUCGCUGGGUCAAUCCCCUUGUUGAUAAUUGCAUUUUGUGAGAUGAUUGCUGUGGCUUACAUUUACGGAAUGGAUAGGUUUAAUAAGGACAUUGAAUUUAUGAUUGGUCACAAGCCCAACAUCUUCUGGCAGGCCACCUGGAGGGUGAUCAGUCCCCUUGUCGUUUUUGUCAUCUUUGUCUUCUACCUUAUCACCACUAUUGGUACAGAUCUCACCUACAUCGCUUGGAAUCCUGAAUCGAUAAAUUUCCCAGUGCUUGAGAAACUGUUAUAUCCCCAAUGGAUCUCUGCUAUCAUUUUCAUCCUGGCUGGAGUUCCUGCCCUAUUUAUUCCCGUCAUGGCUAUCUACGAACUUAUCCGAAAAUUUUUGAAACAGAAAAAUUUAUAA